GAAAAAGAAAAUGGGGCAAUGGAAAUGGCUAGGGUAUUAUUUGAUGAUAUGGGAGGUGGUAGUUGGCUUAUCGAUGGGUGCUCCGUCGUGGAAGAGGUCAUAUAAUGAUAAAAUCAUAAAGCAAAUAAACCGUAAAGGACCCUAUAUUGGGCUUAUCACUGUAUAUCCACCUGAAGAAAAGGCUUUCUUCUCUACUGACUCUUUUCAACCCGACUCACACAACCCCUUUCUGGAUCUCUCAGGCAGGCGAUUUCGGGUGGGAAAAGUUUAUGAUAAGAGAGUCAUUUAUGUGAAGUGUGGAGUUGGACUGAUCAAUGCGGCUGCUACAACUCAACAAAUGUUAGAUGUAUUUGACAUGAGGGGCAUUAUCCAUUUUGGUAUUGCUGGUAAUAUCAACGACUCUAUGUCCAUUGGUGAUGUUACCAUUCCCAAAGAGUUUGUCGACACUGGCAUUUGGGAUUGGCUGAACCCGAAUGCCACGGUGGAUAGCACUGAUAUUGCAGGGUUGGAUGCGAAGAACUAUAACGUACCAAAAGGAGAAAAUCUAUUGGGACAUAUUGGAUUCAACUUCGAGCAAUUCUACUCAGAUUCUGGGAAGCCAAACACUGCGCAACCCUUGGUUUGGGCUCAGGUUAAUCAACAAUGGCUUCAUGUUGCUUCUAAACUUCAGGGGAUGGAACUGCAACAAUGUGUGAAUUCAACUUUAUGUCUGGAAAACAAGCCCAAGUUGGUUGUGGGACUUAGGGGUUCAACAUCCAACAUUUUUGUGGACAAUGCAGCUUUUAGGGACUUCCUUUUCAAAACAUUUCAGGUUUCAUCUUCAGACAUGGAAAGUUUUGCUGUGGUUAUGACAAGCUUGUCCAAUGGAUUCCCUGUGAUUGCAAUCAGAGGACUAUCUGAUAUAGCUGGUGGACAAGAAGGAACAAACACCAUUGAGCUAUUUGGUUCUCUUGCAGCUCUCAAUACAGCCAACUCUGUUAUUCGGUUCUUGAAGGAAUUAAAAGCUUUUGAUGAUUCUAAUUAUAAUUAUGUGUAAUCCUCUUUUAAUUAUGUUUUUUUUUAUUUAAAUGUGAUCUCCAUCGAUGAUUACUAGUCACUUGUUGUGAGAUAUCAUUAGUCUCCAGAUCUAUAAAUACAAUGAUAUGCAGCAACAUAAAAUAAAAAUAUAUGUAC